AGAAAUAACUAUUAGUUGCCUCAUUAUAUAGCCUCAUCCUAAUUGCCAAUUCAAGCAGAUGAUGUCUGCAAGGUGGAAAUUCCCCUCCCAGGUGAGUUGUGGACGGGGAGAGCCUGCCUCCUCCCGAGGCCCCUGGGCGGCAGCUCUCCCUGUCCACAGGCAAUCCUGAGAGGCGUUUGCACAAGAUUAAAGCCUUGGGUCACGAUGAACCUGGGAGCACCCAUGGGCUCGCUUAAAUCAGCACCCAGCUAUUAUGCGUGUGCUGCUCUGAGGCUCGCUCAGUUUUUCCUGUUCUAUGCUGUUCAUUUAAGAGACGUCAAGUACAUCAACGAGAAAUGGCUAAGCAAAAUUUGCCAUCAUUGGCUGAAGUGGUAAAAGAAGUAGCAGAGCAGCAACAUAUACAAGCAUCAGAGAUAGAAAAGAGCAAAACAGUCCUUGCCCAGUUGCAGUUUGAGCUUCAGGACCUUGAAAGACAAAGGGACUCUAUUUUAUUAGACACAAAAGCAACAGAAAGGCAAAUUUAUCAGAAAGAUGAUGCUAUAGAAAUGACAGAAUGUAACUGUAAAAGUCUGGAGGCCCAAGUCAGAUCCCUGUAUGCUGAAAAUGUAAAGCUUAAACUUGACACAGAAACAGCUGAAGAAGAAUUUGAGGUGAUGCUUGCAAAUAACAGUGCAUAUCGUGAGAAAAUAUUGGUCCAUAAAGCACUAUUUUGGGAGAUUGAAAGCAAAAUGCCAGUUAUGACUGAGCUUGCUAAAAAACAGUCCAUAGUUAAAGAGCUGAAGACAAAGAAGGAGCAAUUAAUGCAUGAUCUCCAGAAUCCUGAAGGACAUCUUAUAAAACAAGUGCAGGAAGAAAUUACACACUUAAAAGAGAAAAUUACUGUAGUGAAAGAGUCUAUCAAUGAAAAGAAAAAACACCUUGAAGAACAGAAAAAAAUGCAUGCUAAGCUUAGAAAAGAGAUUGAGGUACAGAAUAAAAGAUGUGAUGCUAUUCUAAAACGUUUGCAUUGUCAACUGAACAAACUCCAAUCGAAUAAAAGACAGUGGCACUGGAAUAUUCAACAGAUGGAAAAAAGGGCAGCUGAACUAAGAAAAUGUCUGGGAAUACCAGAGUGCUAGUGCACAAAACAAAUCACAUUAAUUUAUAACAUGGGUCAUCCUUUAUAAGUAACAGAUGGUUGCUGGACAUAAUCCAUUGAACCUUAGAUCAAAGAUAAGGAUUUUUUUUCCUUUUCCAAGGUUUUCUCCUUCCUGCUGCAUGCCCUAGAAUACUUUGUGUUCCAUACUCACCCUUUAGUAACCUGGAACAAUCUUUCUUUUUGUUCAUGCCUAGGAAGGAAUUAAUUGAAGUUUCUAGGCUGUCUCCAAAGCAUCAACCAAUUUUAUUUAAAUACUUGCAAGCCUCACACACCCAGUUAAGUUAGGGAGCUUCCUUUUGGUUUGAUUGGAUAUUUUAAAAAAUGAAAAAGGUCUUCACUGUAUAACAUCCAGAAGAAUGUGUGUGCAGCAUAUAAUUGCAUUUAUAGGGAUAGAAAACCUGAUCUUUCAUGCACAGACCUAAUAAGGGCAAUAUGCUAAGUAACUUUGGGAUCUAACUUUGUAGCAUGGAAUUUUGCCCUGUGAAAAAAUUAUUUAUGAGGCACAGCAGUUUUCCUGUGUUUCAAGUACCAGGAUUUCCUUGGCAGUAGCAUGAGUGUGUGGGUAAGAAAGAGAAUAUAAGAAGGUUUCUUAUUAUAAAUGGAUCAGAGACAAAGGCAGCUCUAGUACCAUGAUACUGUCUGUGCCUCUAAGAAUACAGCCCACCCCAAAAUGAGCAGAGAGAAUGCUCCUGGGAUCUCUGGAAGAGUUGCUCCAGAACUCUCAGGUGCAUUGCUAUGGAGGUGCAUUGCUACAUGGACUGAGAGUUGUGGGUAAAAACCCACAGUCCAACUCCAUGGAGGCAUCCAGACAAGCAUGCAUGAGCGCUGUCAAAAAACCCACACCUAAAAAAACCAGGGUGGUAUAUGUGGCAGCAGCGUGCACUGCCCAAACUGGAACUUGGCUGACGGCCAUGCUUCCUGCUUCAGGAUUGUCGCAGCUGUGGCCUCUGGAGGCCCCCGGGACCCCAAGGUAAGGCUGCUGGGAUCAGCCCAGAUACUGGCCCCAGCCUCCCCUACCCCACCUGGGGCAAUGUGCUACAUGCCAGAGCACCCAUGUACAGGUGUUUCCUGGGGACAAGUAGCAGUGGCACAUAUUGUGCCGCUACUGUUUGUUCCUGGGGAAACACGUUCCCACUUGUGGGGACACGCCCCAUAGUAGCAGUGGCUGAAGUUCAGAGGGAUGGAUUAAAUCUCACCAAUAAAGAUCACUUUCUAGACACCAGUUUUGUUUGAAGCAUGCAGCUGUAUGUUUUCUGCAUUAAAGAGUGAUACAAUAAAUUAAAAAAGUAAAAUUGUAAUGCAAACUACUUCCAUUUUUAUGGAGCAGUUCCUAUAUUAGGCCUGAUUUUGUUCUUGUCCAGAUCAAUGAAAAAAAAUUCUUCCUGCUUCAGAUGGACUAGAAUAAGCCCUUGUGUGUGCUACUGUGACAGAGAACAAUGAAACGAGAGGGAAAUCUCAUGCUUUUUUUCCAGGCAAAAAAGGCAUACCGUUUAAACUGUAAUUUUUUUUUUUUUAAAGUCAUUUUAGUUUCAGGCUCUGUUUCCCUCUCAGCAAGAAGAUUUGCAUUAUGUGACAAUUCAAAACAAAGUUUUCUCAAGUCAUUUUUUCUUUUCUAUGUAGUGAAAUAUUUUUUGCAGAAGUAAACAGUUUUCUUUCUAGACUUCCUCAGUUAACCUGCUGUGCUCAGGCUCAGUUUCAGGAGAGCAUUGCACGUUACUUCUUGAUCACAAUACUUACAAGAAUGUCGUACAUUAUUUGUAGCACUUUAAAGAUAAUAGUGACCACCAUAACCUUCCAUUUAAGACUCCUUAGAAACUGAGUGAAUACCAGAACUUUUCUUCUGCAUUUUUAUAGUGUUGUAUACUCCACU